UCACAAACUGCCUUAAAAUAUUUUAUAUAUUUUAAAACGAAUUGUCAUUACUGUUUCAAAGUGAAUAUGGAAAUAACAAACAAUGAUGUUCAAACCACACAAGGUGUGCUCCGACCUCAAUAGCAAGAUGGGAAGGCCCCGUAGAACAGCACGAGGCACUGACAGCCCAGCUGUCACUAAGGCAAAACAAAUAAAGAAAAAGUACUCUCCUUCAAAACCGUUACGGGCACGUCGCGCACUUCUUGCCAUUGAACAAGAUAAGGUCAAGCAAAAUGAGCCCGUUCCGUCCAUGGAAACAGAUGGAAGAACUACCGGUACUAUUGUGCUUGGAAACUCUGCAAUAAAGAGAUAUUAUGCUUUAAAGAUUAAGCCCCCCAUCACAGAACCUCCUACAAAACUACGUAUUGACAGAGAGAACACCAACAUUGAGGACAAAGAUGCAGGUCUGGUGUGGAUUCCAGAGUUGUUCACUUUUGACAGUAAACUGCAAAGCUUGCUAACAGACCAUGGUAGGCAACUUAUGUUGUCUGAUGUUGCAGGACUUCCAAUUGGUCGUGUGCCAAGAGUGUUAGCAAGUUGUUUCUAUUCCAUCCUAGACACUGGUGGCGAAAUAUGUACCAUUUGUAAUGGCGAUCCUUCCCCUAGCUUUCCACCUUGGCCAUCAACACAAGAAAAGGGAGGUGGUGUUGUAAUUCCCUGUAACUAUAUCCUAACAGUAACAGACACAGACAAGACUGUACAGAUGUUAACUGACACACUUUCAUUGAUUCCAGGAGGCAAUGCAAUGAAAAUAGUUAAGAGUUUUUAAUAAUAGUUAUAAAGAGUACGUAAAAGUUCAAAGUUAGGCAUAAACAUGUUAAAGCAUAUUAUACAUUUUUUUCUGUGCGGGGAAAUAUAGUUUAUUGCAUACUGUUUGCAGAAGUACAUUUGUUAUUUGAUUCACAUGUUAUAAAUGUUCCUUCUCGUUGAACAUUAUUAAAGGAACUGCAUCUCAGAUUGUUCCAAUUGACAGAAAAAUAUAUACAAAUAUAAAAAAAUAUUGGCAUUAUUGUAUACAACAAAUUUAAAAAUUAAACAAAUAUGUGUAUGCCCCCGGUAGGGUGGCAUAUAGCAGUUGAACUGUCCGUCUGUCAGUAUGUCCGUAUGUGUGUGUCAGUCUGUCCGUCCGUCCGAAAAGAAAACUUUAACGUUGGCCAUAACUUUUGCAUUAUUGAAGAUAGAAACUUGAUAUUUGGCAUGCAUGUGUAUCUCAUGAAGGUGCACAUUUUGAGUGGUGGAAGUUCAAGGUCAAGGUCAUCCUUCAAGGUAAAAAAAAUAGAUUUUUUUUCAAACCGGCGUUCUCAUGAAGCUGCACAUUUUGAGUGGUGGAAGUUCAAGGUCAAGGUCAUCCUUCAAAGUCAAAGGUAAAAAUAAAUAAAUAUAUUUUUUUUUAUUUCACAGCGGCGCAAUAGGGGGAAUUGUGUUUCUGACGAACACAUCUCUUGUUUAUUUCAUUCAGUAGAAGUUAAACUGAAUUUCUUCAUUUGAUCAAAUAGAUACGAGUUUUUUUUAAAGAUUCAAAGGAUGAAAUAUUAAAACAAUAAUUGUUUAUAGGCUUAUAAGUACAUAAAAAUAAUAUGUCUAUUUAACGUGUUCUACAUGAUGAUGUCAAAACCAUGUUGUUGUUUUUUUCUGUUUUGUUCCAUUGUAUCAUUAAGCAAGACAAUACAUGUACCUUUAAAGUAAUUAUACAUCUUCAUGUACACAAAUAGUAUGUCUGUUUAAUGUGUUCUACUUGAUGAUUUAAAAACCAUGUUUUCCACAUUUUUUUCUUUUUUGUUCUGACCAUUGUAUCAUUAAGCAACACAAUACCUUAAAAGUAAAUGUAUCUUAUAAUUAUACAUGUACAUGUCCAAAUAUAAUAUGUAUAUCUAGUGUGUUCUACAUGAUGAUGUCAAAACCAUGUUUUUUUCAAUUGUCUUUUUUUCUUACCAUUGUAUGAUUAAGGUACAAAGUACCUUUAUAGUAAAUGUAUCUUAUAAGUAUACAUGUACACAAAUUAUAUGUCUAUUUAGUGUGUUCUACAUGAUGAUGUCAAAACCAUGUUUUUUCAAUUGACUUUUUCGUUCUGACCAUUGUAUGAUUAAGCAACACAAUACCUUUAAAGUAGAUGUAUCUUAUUUCAUUUUUCUCACUGCGCAUAAUGCUAUGCCUUUAAAUAAAUAAAGAUUUUAUUAUUUGUUGUGACAGUUUUGUAUUUUAUUAAGCCAUGUUUUAGUCAGAUAUAUUCUAAUGAAAAGCAAAUAAUAUUGUACUAGUUUACAGUAUUAACAGGAAGCAAUUGGUGGGAAUAAACACUAAAACUAAACAUGUAUAGCCUAUUGCCACCAACACUACAUAUUAAUUAUUGAGUAUACAUUUCCAUUGAAUAUUUGUCAAGGAAUGAAAAUAAAAUACCAUGUCACUUCAUUUUUACAUGCUCUUUUGUCGUUUGCAAAUAUAGAAAUGAUGGUUUAUGCAUUUAUAAUAAAUAUCUAUUGUCUGUUAUGUUAACCUGUGAUCCUAGUCAAUUAUUCUCUGUAAUUUACAGUUUGAUUUACAAUUUUGGUUUUACUAAUAAUUUUUGUCGAUUAGAUCUCAAUUAAUCUCAUAAUUGAUGUUUUUGUGCAGUUAUAAUGUUAAUCUAUUAUCCGUUAUGUUUGUCUGUGAUCCUAGUCUAUGGCAAGCGGUUCGACGCAUAAUCCCAAGAAACUAGGUUUCUCAUGAAAACCUAGGAUCUCAGAAUGAGAACCUAGGUUCUUGUUUGAAGAUUGCACAUGGCUUCAAGAACCCAAGUUCUCAAAUGAGAACCUAGGUUUUCAUGAGAACCUAGGUUCUCAUUUGAAAACCUAGGUCCUCAUGAGAACCUAGGUUCUCAUGAGAAACCUAGUUUCUUGCGGUUCGACGCAUAAAUUCCAAGAAACUAGGUCUCAGAAUGAGAACAUAGGUUCUCGCUUGAAAAUUGCACAUGGCUUCAAGAACCCAAGUUUUCAAAUGAGAACCUAGGUUUUCAUGAGAACCUAGGUUCUCAUUUGAAAACCUAGGUUCUCAUGAGAACCUAGGUUCU